AUGUCUGUCAAUACCAUUAAAAGUAGAAAAAAGGGCGUCAAAAUGAGUGGAAGUUUGAAGAAAGGUGGAGGAGCACCUUCCCGCCCUCCACCACCUAAAGUAGGAGGAGGAUCAAAAAUGAGCUUUAGCUUUAAAGCACUAGAAGAGGAAGAGGAUGAAGAGCUCAGUGUUGUCACUGGCAAGUUUGACAAGCAGGUCAGUGAUGAAAAAGAACGGCAAGCUCAGGCAAAUGCCAUAGCAAGUGAAAGAAGUCAUUUCCGAUCUAAAUCUGCUGAAGUUCCCCAGGAAUCAACUGUGAUGCCAAAGGAAGGACUUUCAAAAUCUCCAUCAGUGAAGAGUCAAAAUUCUUUUGAAAGAUUAAAGGAUAUUAAAGGCAAGAUUCAAGAUACUAUAGUGAAGAAAAAAGAUGAACUUGCGGAGUCUUUUGGAACUAGCCCAAAAUCAAGAUCUACAAUUAGUCAAAGUCCAAGGGAAUCACCAUUAGGGUCAAGCCCAAAAAUACAGGAAAUGAUGGACUUUAGUAAGAAUCCUGGUACCCCUGAUUCUGUAAGUUUGAAUGAUGAACUAGAUGAUGAUGAAAAAUUUCUGUCUCUCGGUGGUUCUAGUAAAGAUGAAGGGGAGAAAGAUUUACUCACUAUGGAUGCAAAUUAUUUUGAUGCUGUUUAUGAUGAUGAUGGUGAGGGUGAUGGUGAUAUUGCAAAUGAAUUUCCUAGUGAAGACUCAGUUGGGGAGUUAGAGGUUUCUGAAGAUUAUUUCAAAGUCAAUGGUGAUGAGGGGUCUCACUCUGAACAUGCCAAUACAGUUCCAGUGCUGAGACAAAGACAAGGAGUUCAAAACUCCAAGAAAAUUAAACCCAUAGUUCCUCCUAGUCCUGUCUUAAUGUCAAAACUAGGGAAAACAGUCUCUGAGAAAGCAGGUGAGAAACCUGAAGCCCCAACCAGUGGUAAAGAGAAACCAAAUGAUGAUGAGAACAACAGUCAUUCCAGUCAGUCUGAAUCUGGGAUAACCAAACAUUUUGGGAAUGUUCACUUUCAGAAAGCACACAUUUGCGCAAUCGUUGCCUUCAUAGUUUUCGUAUUUCUUCCCCUUCCGUCAUACAUUAGUGGACUUAUAGUUGGUAUGGUGCUAGCAUCUGGUGGCUGGAUAAUAUACCUUUGGUUAACUCAAACUGCCAAAGAAAGGGGGGUUAUCCCUGCAGACCCGCUCCUAGAAGAGUUACCCCCCAUGUUAAUCCCCCCGGAGAUGAAGGAGCCCAAGGGUGAGGAUGGCUGCUAUAAGGGCUGGAUGAAUGAAGUCAUGGAAUAUAAGCCAGAGACCUACUCAAUUAACAACACCCAUUCCAUCUUUGUGGACCUAGAGGGCACAACAUUACGACUCAGAAGACCAAAGAUAAAUGUUCCUAAACGUGCCAUGUGGGAUGAGCAAAACCAUAGCCCCCAUUUUGUUAAUCAGAGACAUUUUGACAUCGAGGGCAGUAAGGUUCUAUUGUUACCAGUUGGAUUAGUUAGUAAGCGUCUAUGGAGUAAAAAGUACCCAAUUUGUGUUGCCCUAGCUAAAGAUGGUAAAAAGCACAGUCUGAAAUCUGAUUCUGCCCCCCAAUCACCUGUUGCUACUAGGGCCAUAGGCCCGCCAAAACUAGCUAGUAGCAGUAGCACAGAUCUUGCACAUAGUUUUGAACUUGCGAGUGAGCAGAAAUGUGAAUCUUCAUUGCUUUAUCUGAUUGCUAGGACUUCUCAUGAAAAAGAGCAGUGGUAUCGAAGACUAUUUGCCGCAGCUAAAGGGUCACCAUUGAAAAACCAUAUCUUGGAGAUUAGAAGACAUACUGAGCUGAGUAUGAAUUCUAGAUACCACAGAUCUAGUAGCUCAGAUAGUUUGAAACACAAUCAUCAAAAUUCAUCUGAUUCGUUGUCUUCAGUUGCUACUACAUCUUCAAACGUUGAUGACACCCAGCCCGGUAAUUUUGAUCUCAGGGGCUUUGUAAUAUACAUGUCUCGUUUAAUCCCUCGUGACCAAAACAGUGUCCCAUCUAGUCCCACACGUAGCUUAUCAGGAAAGGAGACAGGCAAAGAGUCCAGAUCAUCCGAGAAAUCCACUUCAGCGUCAGGGGGUGCUGGGUCAAAGAGCAUUGUGUGCGACUCAGCAUUACUUCCACUGAAUGCUCUACUUGGAAGGUGCUUCUGGGACUUCCUGGGAGACAAACACUGGGCCAACAUAGUUAAAGAAAAACUUCAAAAGAAACUCUCAAAAAUCCAUAUCCCCUUCUUCAUAGAAGAAUUAAAGGUCAAGGAAAUCAGUCUGGGGACAGAAGUCCCUGUGAUUCGCCGUGCUGCCAAACCGUAUCUUGACGAGAAUGGAUUCUGGAUUGAUUUAGACGUCACAUACAGCGGUCGCUUUAAGAUGACAAUUGAGACGAAGGUGAACUUAAUUAAACUAAAGGAGACAUCAGCAUCGCAAUCAGAUAAACCAGCUCCAGAGAAACAUGACAAGUUGGCGGUGACAAAUAGUGAUGAAGAAGACAGUGCAGAAUCUUCAACAGACGAGGAGGAGGAGGCUUCUACUGUCACUGAGGAUGGGUUGCCCUGCAGUGCCAGGUCUGGCCAGUCAGGAGGAGCAGGCAAGACACUUUUGAAAUACAUCAACAAGAUCGCAGCUUCAAAGUACUUCCAGAGUGUGUCAGAGAAUAAGUAUGUGAAGAAGGCGAUGACAGGUGUUUCCAACACGCCACUGGUCCUUACUGUUGAGGUGCAGAGACUCAGUGGCACCCUCGCCAUUAACAUUCCUCCUCCACCCUCCGACAGGCUGUGGUAUGGUUUCCGUGGUAAUCCUCAACUGUGGCUGGUGGCGAAACCAAAGGUGGGUGAGCGGGAAGUAACCAUGAGCCAUAUAACAGAAUGGAUAGAGAAAAAACUCGCACUCGAGUUUCAGCACGUGUUGGUAAUGCCAAACAUGGAUGAUCUGGUUGUGCCCAUACUGUCUGCGGGGAGUGAUAUGGAAUCUAGUGUCCCCAUGCACCAGACAGAGUCCGGCCAUGAGGUGUGAUAAUAUGAAGAGAAAAUAAAAGUGACUGAUUUGAAAAUUAUACAAACCUAUGGAAUAUGGCUCAAGUAAGCCAAAUGUGAAGGAAAGUUUGGACUAAGCUUAAAAUUAUAAUGAACAUAUGUAAUGUCAGAAGCAUUCUGAGAAAAUAAGUUGGGUGGCCCGCCAGUUUAUUACACAUUUUGUCUCGUACUUUUCCCUGCCAAAUAUGUAAAAUCCUUAAUGUGACCAGGCAUUUUUGGAAGCUUUUGAUUAUUCCAGAAUGAAUGAGAUGUCACUUUGUCUGCUAUGAUAUAUUUUAGUAUUUAUUCACUGGAAGGCGAGGGGAGGGGGAUUAAAGCUUGCCUUAUCUUUGGUGUUAAAUUUGGAUAUUAUAUGAUUUGUUUAAGUUUAUUUACAUGUUGUUGAAAUCUUAUUUUAGUUUGCAUUGGCUUCCAUUUUAUUGUAAGUAAAUGGUACAUAGUAAGUUCUUUGUCAGUGUUCAUUUGGAUAUUUCUGUGAUUAUAUAUUUAACCCUUUAAUUAGAUUGCUUUUACCCAUAGCAUAUGUUCAUUGUGAGAUUGACUGGUUUUUAAAAAAAAUAAAAUCAAGGUUUGUCAUAGCCUUGGUGUCGUUGAUGUCAUUGUCUGCUUGCCAAAGUCAAAAUCUUGGACAUAAUCUUAAAAAACAUUUAAGACAUUGACAUGAAACUCAUUACACAACCAUGUUACCAGUAACAAAACGCAUUGUUUAGUUAAGCCCAUAACUCUAGCUGCAAUUAUUAUUGAGUUAUGACCCUUCACCAGCUGAGUAAACAGAUAAGGGUCAACUUGCAGUGCUCUUGUGCUUAUUUAUGCUUGUCUUCUUGGUUAAAUAACUCCAAUCUUAGCCAUUAAAUUAAUAUGUCUGCCAUAUUCAUUUGUUAUCUUCCAUCUUAGUUUUCUUAUGCUGUUAUAUGAUAAAACUGUUGUAUUUGUUUACCGUUGCAUUAUUGAAAAUCUGUUACUUAUUUUUUAUUCUAGUAUGCAUUGAACUCAUAAGUGUUGAUCAGCCGCCAAUUUUAUAAAACUUGGUUAAGUUGACCACACUCGGCCAAUUGUAUAAGACUUGGUUAAGUUGACCACACCCUGCCAAUUGUAUAAGACUUGGUUAAGUUGACCACACGCAGCCAAUUGUAUAAGACUUGGUUAAGUUGACCAUACGCGGCCAAUUGUAUAAGACUUGGUUAAGUUGACCACACGCGGCCAAUUGUAUAAGACUUGGUUAAGUUGACCACACGCGGCCAAUUGUAUAAGACUUGGUUAAGUUGACCACACGCAGCCAAUUGUACAAGACUUGGUUAAGUUGACCACACGCGGCCAAUUGUAUAAGACUUGGUUAAGGUGACCACACCUGGCCAAUUGUAUAAGACUUGGUUAAGUUGACCACACCCUGCCAAUUGUAUAAGACUUGGUUAAGUUGACCACACGCAGCCAAUUGUAUAAGACUUGGUUAAGUUGACCAUACGCGGCCAAUUGUAUAAGACUUGGUUAAGUUGACCACAUGCGGCCAUUUGUAUAAGACUUGGUUAAGUUGACCACACGCAGCCAAUUGUACAAGACUUGGUUAAGUUGACCACACGCGGCCAAUUGUAUAAGACUUGGUUAAGGUGACCACACCUGGCCAAUUGUAUAAGACUUGGUUAAGUUGACCACACCCGGCCAAUUGUAUAAGACUUCGUUAAGUUGACCACACGCGGCCAAUUGAUUAGUUGACCACACGCAGCCAAUUGUAUAAAAAGUUCCAUCAAUGCUUAAGCAACAAUUUCAGAAAGUUUGCAGCAGUUGCAACAAAUAAAUAUAUAUAAAUAAAAUAAAGGACUUCAUGGGGAUUUUUCCUUAAAAUAAAUUGGUGAGGAAAACUAGGGAAUAAUUAUAUAGAAUGAUCAUUCUAAGUAGUAAUUAAAUAUUGUUGUCUUCCUGGGGGGUUAAAUUCAAUGAACAUAUUUAUAACAUGUAUUUUUAUUUCCCUCUGGCUCAAAUUUUGGUACUAUCCUAAAAUUGUAUUGUUUUCCCUACCAAUAUACAUUCAAGUGCAUCUGCAAUAUUGUUGCCAACAGGAGAAACAACAUUAAAAGUAAUAUGUGAUGAAAAGUUACGUGGAUACGUAUCUUGGAGAUUCUGGACCGCUAGGCAUUCAUGCAAAUAAGAUUACUUAUCUUUUUUUGUUCAAGGUUCUGAACAUUUCCUACAAAAUGAAUUUCUAACCCUAAAUUAUCUAAAUAUAGUUUAUGUAUACAUGUUACAAAAGUAUAAAUAUAAAUUAUUGUGAAUAUAAUAUAAAAGUAAUGUGUUAACAUAAAAUCAUAUUUCAUUGUAUACAUACUAAAAGGGACAUAAUAAGAAUAUACACAAUUUUGCAAAUUCAAUUUUGAGUCGAAGUCUAAAUAUUGACAUCAAUGCUGUUAUGUCUCCAUUAUCCAAUCAUAUUUCAAUGUUGUGUGCCUUAGCAGGCUUUUUCCAGAUGAUGACCUAUUUAGGUUAAGUUAUAUGUGAUAUGAAUCAGUUGGAAAGCUUGUAUCAAAUGUAAUUUUAAUAAGGAUUUGGGUAUUCCAUAAAUUAAAGCUGCACUCUCACAGAUUGAACGUUUUGACAACUUUUUUAUUUUUUGUCUUGGAACAAGCCAAUUUUUGCAAAAAUGCAUGUAAACCAGUAAUAUUAGACUGCUGACAAAAAGUUACAUCGAUAUUUAUAUAAUUUAAGUUAAAAAAUUGACGUUUUAUGCAUUUUCCUUAAACUGUUAAGUCAUAAAACAUUAAUUUCCGAACGGAAAUAUGAAAAUCUGCAGCUCUAAGCUAAAUUUUCAUUGUGUUACACAUACUUUUACUGUUUAGUAGAAAUUUCUUAUACUUUUUAUUAUAUUUAAAAAAUAUAUUGUUGCCUAUAUCAAUUUUGUUAAACAGGCCAAUUAUAUAUAUUUGCUUUUGUUGUAUCCAUUCCAUGUUAGUUAAUUUGUUAACUUGCUAUUUCCAAUGUGUGUGUUAGUGUAAACAAGGUUUGAGAAAUAAUUAAAUGUUCAAAAAUUUGUGUGAUAAUUAUGCAUCUACUUUAACGGAAUGGGGCAUAUAACUUUUGGCAUGGUUGUCAGGCAGUCGGCACCAACACCUAGGGUUUAUGGGUUUUACUGACACAAGGGCUAGGGACUUUUGUACAGUUUCCUAUAUUAUGAACAGCUGAAAAAUAAGCUUACCAGGAAACCUCACCAUAAAUGUCUGUGUGUCAUAAUUUUUUUUAUGUAUCUCCAAAAGUAUAUUAGCCAGAGUCAUGAAACUGUACAGGAAUAUUAAGCUGCUUGUGAAGUUGUGCACAUGGGAUUUUUGUGUGUAUAUAUCUCCAGUAAAUGCAGAGUUAUGGCCCUUAACUUAGUUAUAGCCUUUAGCCUAUGUGCAAUAUUGUGUCAUGUGUAUCUCUAAUAGUGUUUGAGCUGGAGUUAUAAUACUUUGAGGUAAUGUUAACAACGAUGUUAAGUUGUGAACUUGGGGUUAUAGCCUGUGGCUGCCUCCGCCAAAAGUAGAGUUAUGGUCCUUAACUUAAUUAAAAAUUGCAUAUGAAGUGUGGAAUCUUGUGUCACCACUUUCUUAGUAGGUAAAUUAGGGUGAAUCAUGAUACUUGAGAGAAAUAUUAAACCAUGCACUUAUCUUUAGAAGUUUGAAUUAGAGUUAUAAACCUUCACAAAGAUGUAUGCAUAUCAUAUUAGUGUGCUUGUGAAGUUGUGGGUAAAGGUGAAGGUCACUACAUAACUUAAAAUAGAAAAAAAGUUUUACACCAUAUCUUAAGUUCAAUUUUAACUAUACAGAUAAAAUAUGGUAUGUCAGUUUAUGUCGAGGUGGAAAGUUUGGUAUUUCCGUUUUAUGCCCCCGGUUCUUCGUUAUGCAACUGGUUACAUUAAUGCACAUUGAUUGACCAUGGACAGAAUAAUUGCCCUCGCUUUUGUGACAAAGGUGAAAAGUGUCUGUAUCUUAUGGCGUAUAUCUAGUUUCUUAUGCCUGCACUUUUAUACAACAUUUCUUCAAACAUGCUCACAUUAAGGAGAGACUUUCAAAAUUGAAACAUUUCAAGUUAUUGUAGUGUAUUGUCCCAUAACAGGUCAACAUAUCUUCUUCAGUAUAAAAGCCAUUGUAUUUCUCCAACAUCUUUUUGUCAUCAUAUAAAGCUGCGAUUAUAUUUUAUAGAAUAUAUAAUCCUUCAUGCAAAGGUCCCAGAUUUUUCUAGGUGAUUGCCAAAAACUGUAUAAGAUAUUUAGUUCCAACUUGUUCUACAUGCUCACAGUAAUACUACGCUCUUUUUUGACAAGUAAUGUAAUUCAUGCUUUAGUAAUGUCAGAUUUAUUGCCCUUUGUAUACUUUGAAAUCCUGAACUGUUGAUGACAAUUGACAGACAGAUUCUUGGUUAUAUACUUUAUCCUGAACUGUUGAUGACAAUUGACAGACAGAUUCUUGGUUAUAUACUUUAUCCUGAACUGUUGAUGACAAUUGACAGACAGAUUCUUGGUUAUAUACUUUAUCCUGAACUGUUGAUGACAAUUGACAGGCAGAUUCUUGGUUAUAUACUUUAUCCUGAACUGUUGCUUCAUUAUAGUAAAGCUGUUUAGUUGAUAGCCCAAUCUCCUUCUUCUUGCUUUCAAAUUUCACCCCCAUUUUAAUAUGCUAUCAAUGAGGGCCCUUAUCACUCCUGUGAUGGCCCUAGUUAUUAUUGUAUAGUUUAUUGGACCUUUUAAGUUUGUGUUAUUUCUAUUUUGUGCAUUAUCAUGUUAUUAAUUGUUAUUUGUGAAUCAAGUUUGGUUAUUUUGUUUUCUUGAACAUAGUUAUAUUAUUAAAGAUAACCUUUACA